AUGCCCGAUUCGAGAUACAUUGGCGCAUUUGGCGUUGAAGGAUGGACAACACGCAGCGGGGUGAAUCUGUUGAGGCAUGGCGAUGUCGUCAAUAUCGAGCGCCAAAAGAUACAGCUUCCCAAAUCGGCACCACAAAGAGGACAGCCGGGGCCCCGCAUCAGCGCAGCUGCAGCUAAGAGGGUUGAUGUGAUUGUCCGCUUCACCGACGGCGCCGGAAGGGAGAUUGGCCGUCUGGUCAAGGAAACAGCAGACUGGGUUUCGACACUCAUGGACCAGAAGAUUUGCAAGUUCGAGGGAACCUGUGUCUAUGCGCCCGAGAGACUGCGCACCAACGACACGGUCUUUCUGCAACUUCGAUGCUCAUUGCUGAGCUCGGCUUUCUCUAGCCGCAGGUUCCAGGCUGCCGAUAACAGGACCGUUGGUCGCUUUGACGAGACCGAAACGUCAGAAGAAAGAAGCUUGCGGUUGAGGCAGGUCGCACUCGUCAAGCUUUUCCAGGAGAUUAAUCUUCUCCCAACCAGAGGGAACGAGAUGGGAGCGAAGAAUCAGCGGCGAGAAUUGCUCCAGGCGGCCGAGAUGGCCGAGAACAAAGAAAAAGGGAAACCGGGGCCCCAGGAUCGAGACGACACUGGCUCGUCGUCCCCGUCAGAUGAUAAUGACGACGGCAAGGAGCUUGAGCAAGACCAACUCGACACAUUAUACAAGAAGGCGCAAUCGUUCGACUUCAACACGCCCCAAGCAGAGCCUGCCGAGACUUUUGCCAUGACUCUGCGCCCAUAUCAGAAACAGUCACUGCAUUGGAUGAUGGAAAAGGAAAGGAACGUGCGGAACGAACAGCGAGAGACGUCGAUGCAUCCAUUGUGGGAGGAGUAUGCCUGGCCUACGAAAGACCACGAUGAUAAGGCGCUUCCAGAGUUUCCCGAGCAGCCGACUUUCUACGUAAACCCAUACUCUGGAGAGCUCUCUCUGCAGUUUCCACGACAAGAGCAACACUGUCUCGGCGGCAUUUUGGCCGAUGAGAUGGGCCUGGGCAAGACCAUCCAGAUGCUCAGCCUCAUCCACACGCACAAAUCCGGCAUAGCAAUCGAGGCCCGCAAAGCCAGCCGACCACCGUCCUCAGUCAAUCAGCUUCCGCGUCUCCCUUCCGUCCAAGAGCGAAACGCUGUCACGAACGCACCAUGCACAACCUUGGUUGUUGCCCCUAUGUCUCUCCUCGCACAGUGGCAGAGCGAGGCAGAGAACGCUUCCAGAGAAGGCACACUGAGGUCCAUGGUGUACUACGGGAACGAGAAGAACGCCGAUCUGCUGGCGCUGUGCUGCGAAGCCAACGCCAACAAUGCCCCUGACGUGGUCAUUACCAGUUACGGCGUGGUGCUAUCCGAGUUCAGUCAGAUAGCCGCCGAGAAUGGGGACAGGGCCAGCAUCCGUGGGCUGUUCUCAUUGAGGUUCUUCCGUGUCAUCCUGGACGAAGCCCACAGCAUCAAGAACCGCCAGUCCAAGACGGCCAGGGCUUGUUAUGAGAUUGCAGCAAAGCAUCGGUGGGUGUUGACGGGGACUCCCAUCGUCAACAAGCUCGAGGAUCUCUUCAGUCUCAUCCGCUUUCUCCGGGUCGAGCCGUGGAACAACUUCUCCUUCUGGCGGACCUUCAUCACGGUGCCAUUUGAGUCCAAAGACUACAUGCGGGCGUUGGACGUUGUCCAGACCGUCCUAGAACCGCUCGUCAUGAGGAGGACAAAGGACAUGAAGACACCAGACGGGAAGCCUUUGGUAGCUCUUCCGCCAAAGCAAAUCGAGAUCGUGGACAUUGAACUCUCUAAGUCGGAGCGUGAUGUGUACGAUUACAUCUUCACCCGGGCGAAACGGACCUUCUUCGCCAACGUCGAGGCAGGCACCGUCAUGAAGGCUUUCACCAGCAUUUUCGCUCAGAUCCUUCGUCUACGCCAAUCAUGCUGUCACCCUAUUCUUGUUCGCAACCGAGACAUCGUCACUGACGAGGAGGAGGCCGGGGCUGCCGCCGACGCCGCUGCCGGGCUCGCAGACGACAUGGACCUCCAGUCUCUAAUCGAGCGCUUCACAGCGACGACAGACGAUGUUGCUGACUCCAACGCCUUUGGAGCUCACGUCCUGAGCCAGAUUCGAGACGAGGCCGUCAAUGAGUGCCCCAUUUGUGCCGAAGAACCGAUGGUCGACCAGACCGUCACCGGAUGCUGGCAUUCUGCUUGCAAGAAUUGCUUACUGGAUUACAUCAAGCACCAGAUGGACCGGCGUGAGGUACCUCGUUGUUUCCAGUGUCGUGAAGACAUCAAUGAACGCGAUUUGUUUGAAGUGGUGCGCCACGAUGACGACCCGGACGCUGCCAACAUCGGUCAGGGGCCGCGCAUUACCCUCCAGCGGCUCGGAGCCGGCAACUCUUCGGCGAAGAUCGUCGCUCUGAUCAAGCACCUCCGCGAUCUUCGCAGAGAUAAUCCGACGAUCAAAGCCGUCAUCUUUAGCCAGUUCACUUCCUUUCUCUCCCUCAUCGAACCAGCUCUCGCCCUGGCCAAUAUGCGGUUCCUUCGGCUGGAUGGAUCCAUGGCCCAGAAAGCGCGCGCCACAGUGCUCAACGAGUUUAGGGAGUCCGACAAGUUUACCAUCCUCCUUAUCAGUCUCAAGGCUGGCGGUGUUGGCCUCAACCUGACAAGCGCCAAGAGGGUCUACAUGAUGGACCCCUGGUGGAGCUUCGCCGUUGAAGCACAGGCUAUCGACCGGGUCCAUCGAAUGGGCCAGGAAGAUGAGGUGAAAGUCUAUCGAUUUAUCGUGAAGGACAGUGUCGAACAGAGGAUGCUCAAGGUACAGGAGCGCAAGAAGUUCAUUGCAACAUCUCUCGGCAUGAUGUCCGACGACGAGAAGAAAAUGCAGCGGAUCGAGGAUAUCAGGGAGCUUCUCAGUUAA